CUCUCUCAUCCUAAAACCCCAAAACCCCAAAACCCAUUCCUCGCGGCAAACCCAAAAACCCCAACGCAAAACCAAAGAUGAGCUCCUCCAACAACAACUACACCACCACCACCCCUAACUUCGACAAUCUCCUCCUCCAAUCUCUUAUGGGCCGCCUUCAACUCCGGCAACAACAACCACCACUACCUUCUCUCCAACACGACAACAACCAUCUUCUCCUCUCUCAAUCUUUUGAAGACCUUCUCCUCAACGCCGCCACCAACGGAGGGCGUCUCUCCGACUUCUCCUUCUCCGAUGAAGAUGGUGAAGACUUUUCCGACGGAGGCGGAGACUUCAAAACCCACCUCUCCAAGGAAGAAUCCAAGCUUGAGAAGGAGCUGAUUAAGGUCAUUCUUAGUGGGAAGACGGAAACUUUGAAACCCAAUUCAGGGCAGGCGGUUGCGAUUGGUGAACAUCAUGUUUGUGUCGGAUUUCAUGAGGAAAAUGAAUCGGAUUAUCGGGUUUGGGAGUGGCAUGGACAUAUUAUGUUGUUUGAUGAGGAGAAUGGAUAUACUCCUGAGUACAUUUAUGGAAAUUACUUCGAGAGGUUGAUGGGGAAGAUGAAGAGCGAGAAAAAGGAGGAGGAGGUAGAGGAUAUUGAGCAGAAGGUGGAGAAUUUGGGUUUGAGGGAGUUGAUUGAAGGUGGCGAUACGACCGGGUGUCGGGUUCUUCACCAGAGCCGAAAUGCCAGUUCGCCCAGGUCUCUGAACUCUUAAAGGUACAAGUGGAAAACUGGAAACUGAGGUGCUGUAGACUUGGACAUCAUCCAAAAGUUUGUGAAAGAAAUCCUGGGUUACUCUCUUUGUCUAAGUUUUGGUUUUUUGAUAUCCACAUUGAUUUUGUCACACACUCUAGGGCUUGUGUUUUUUAUUUGGAAGAUCGAUUUUUGAUGGAGGUCAAAAUCUGAUAAUUGUAGCAGGCGAAUGUAAUUAUUUCCUUUCAAGUAAAGCUAUAUGCCUCCAAAUUUCCCACCCAUAAAAAGGGAGAGGUUAUAUGAUUGAUUAUUCAAUUUUAGCGAGAUUGAAUGGCUAGUUGGUUAGCCACUAGCGGAUCUAGUGUGGCCGUGUCAGUGUGGGUGCAAGGGGUACAGAAUGUGCCACCGGUUUUUGCCUGACCACCCAAAAAUCACCCUCUUAUAAUAAUAGACCUAAGUUUGUUUCUACUGUAUAAUCAUUUUUUGCAUGCGUACAGCGAAGAAUGACGAUAGACAAAUUAUACAAUACGUACGGAAUGUAAGGUUGGACAUCUGUUUAUUUUUUGAAAACGUGCUGCUCUUUUUUAUUAUGGAAUUUUCUGAA